UUAUUUAUCAGUCAAAAGAGUUUUUGGCAAAGCAGACACUUAUUCAAAUGCUCUCGAAAAAUUAGUUCAUGCUGAAGAAACAUCACAUAUAGAUGAUACUGGUAUGUCAUCCGAUGAAAGGAGGCAACAAAGGAAAAAGAUAAGACGAAUGAAAGCAAAGAAAACUUGGUCAUCUUCUUCUGAAUAUUCAGAUAAAGAUUUAUAUUUAGAUAAUGAUAAAGAAAAUCGUACAAUUCAGCAUAAUAAUGUUAUAGUUAAGAAGAGGCCUCAAAAUGUAAUACAAAAAUUAACUUCUGCUGAUGUCAUGAACAUAACUGAUAAAAGUAUCAAUAGAACAAUUGAUAUCCACGAUAAGGGAGAACUUUUUAUAGAGGAAUGUACUGGGCACAUCGAAAGACAAAAUUUCUGCGAUAAGAAUACUAAUAAAAAUCUUGUGACAAACGAUAAAGAACAUCUUACGGAGAACUCUACUAGGAAUAUUGAGAGAGAAAAUAUUUUUGACAACGGUAUUUUUAAAUAA